GUCGGAAAUAUUAAAAUAAAGAUUUGACCAAACGAGCUCUUCCUCAUUUCCCGUGUCUCUUCCCCGCACCUCCACGCCCAUCCCCUCCAAAUGCUCUAUCGGUAGCGCGUCUCAGCCUUGCACCGCCGUCUUACCUUGCGCCGCCGUCGCACCGAACCUCCAUUGCACUGAACUUCCAUCGCCGCGAAACUCCGUCACACCCUUUCCCGGCUCUUCUCUGUGUGUUGCUGGUUCCCUUUCGAACCUUAAUAUGCAUUUCUCCGCUACCGUCUUCGUCGCCUCCGUCGCCUCCGUUCUCAUCCUCUUCACCUUCUCCUGCGUUCACUCUUUCUACCUUCCCGGUGUCGCCCCUCGAGAUUUUCAAACCUGGAGACGAGAUGUUGCUUUCGCGGGAUAUGAGGUCGUAAUGCAAAUGGAUGUUUCUGCUGAAAAGAUGAUAUUUGGUGUGGCUGGGAUUGAUCCUGGAAGAAGAGCAGAGCUAAUCAAGAUGCUACUGGAUACACAAGCUGUUAAGACAAUCCUUCUUAAAAUUCCUUCCCUUGGUAGACAGGUGAUCUAACUUCUGCAAAUACUUUUUAGUCAUCUUUCCUUCCCUUGGAGCUUAAAUCUAGGGAAUUUGACCUCCACAUUUCAAGAGUUGGUGAAUUUACUAUGCUGCUAUUCCUUUUACCAGUAGCAUUUAAUUUUCUUUUCAGCUAUAGUUUUUAUAUAGAAGAUAUUGAUAAUGAAAUUUUCAAGUGAAAAUUUUCACCAAUUUUCAUCCUUAAACAUCAUUAGAAUGUUGCAUCAAUAUUGAUCUUCAGCCAGUCGUUUGGUGGCACUCUCCAUCUCACUGAUUGGGAGACAAAAGGAGAAAAAUUGAAGAAGAUGGGGUUGGGAGUUCCUGCUCUUCCAUUUACCUUUGUGGCUCACCUUCUAGCGGUGGCUGCUAUUGUCAUGGUCUUGCUUUGGAACAUACAUUUCAGAGGUGGCUUAGCUUGGGAAGCUACCAACAAAAAUCUCAUAUUUAAUGUAUGUUUCUUGUUUCAUCUUGCUCUUUACUCUCUAUUUGCUAUUAUUUUUGGGACUAUGAUGCAUUGAUAUAUGGCUCUUCUUGAUUCUUACUCUGUUUCAUUUGGUCCUCUGUUGAAUGAACCUUAACUGAAU